AUGGUACAUGCAGAUGGGUUUCAGAAAAGCGAGUAUGGGUACAACAACAAUAAGGUUGAGCACGUUAUGCAUAUUCCUCCACAUCCUGUUCCAGUUGGAGGUUGGUCAGCAACCCAGGGUGUUAGUUCUGAAAUGAGCUCUGCCAGUUACUCUGGGCCCCAUGGUCCUGUUUUGCCACCUCCGCACCCCACGGUGGCCCUCGGAUUCAACCAAAGCUCCUUCACUUUCGAGGAGCUCUCGGCUGCCACUGCUGGCUUUAGCCAACACAACCUGCUGGGCCAGGGUGGCUUCGGAUUCGUCCACAAAGGUGUUCUACCCAAUGGCAAGGAAAUUGCAGUGAAGAGCCUCAAAUCCACUAAUGGCCAAGGAGACAGAGAAUUCCAAGCUGAGGUUGACAUCAUCAGCCGCGUCCACCAUCGCCAUCUUGUCUCACUCGUCGGCUAUUGCAUCUCACAAGCAGACAGGCUCCUCGUUUAUGAGUUUGUGCCUAACAACACCCUCGAAUACCACCUUCAUCGAAAGGGUCAACCUGUGAUGGAUUGGAAUACCAGGCUCAAAAUUGCGAUCGGAUCGGCUAAAGGACUUGCUUAUUUACACGAGGAUUGUCACCCUCGUAUCAUUCACCGAGACGUAAAGGGUGCAAACAUUCUACUUGAGAACAACUUCGAAGCCAAAGUGGCGGAUUUUGGGUUGGCAAAGAUUAGUCAAGAAGACACUAACACUCACGUUUCCACUCGUGUAAUGGGAACAUUCGGGUAUUUGGCUCCAGAGUAUGCAUCAACCGGUAAGCUAACUGACAAAUCUGAUGUGUUCUCGUUCGGUAUUAUGCUUUUGGAGCUCAUAACAGGUCGGGAACCUGUGGACAACACUGGGGAAUUUGAAGAUAGUUUGGCCGACUGGGCUAGACCACUCUGUACAAAGGCAAUGGAGGAUGGAAGUUUUGAAGGGCUUGUGGAUCCACGUUUAGAGGGUAAUUAUGACGAGCGCCAAAUGUCUUGUAUGGUGGCUUGUGCUGCAUUUAGCGUAAGGUACUCGGCGAAGAAGCGACCGAAAAUGAGUCAGAUUGUGAGAGUGCUGGAGGGUGAUGUGUCAGUAGAAGUGCUUGGUUACGAGGGAGUGAAACCUGGGUUCGGCGGCGAAAGCGGGGAGUAUAAAGUUGACAUGAUGAAGUUCAGGAAACUAGCAUUAGAAGAGAGUGGCAGUGAACAAUCAUCUGCUGAAUAUGGCAAUGCCGGCAGGAGGGUAGGAGCCCGAAUGCACACUCCUUAAUUCAUGCAUGCCAUUUGUGAUUUCAUCAUAACCUCUGAUCUUGCCACAAGUUUUUAAUGAUGUUCUCAUUUGGCAUAAGAAGGAUCCAAGUUAAAGAAAUGGAAGACAACUUUCUUCAAUUCAUGAGUUUUUUAGUGAGUAAUUGAUCGAGUAGGAUACACUGAUA